AGCCUUGCGCCAACUACCUGCGGUCCUACCUCUGAAGCUGCAGCCUCAUCUGCAACUGCCGCCCCAGCCUACGCACCUGUAGUCUUAGGAUCCGAAAGCCCACUCGAGAGCUCUGGUUCAUUCGAAGAAACUGUCGCGGCAACCAAACGUGCCCUUCCCCAAGACGUCAAGGGCGAGACUGGUCAGAAGAGUGACGAUCCAAGCGAACCCCCUCCCGCAUAUUCUGAAGGAUAUAGUCCACUUCUCUCAUUCACCUAUCUAAUGGCGGCCGCCGGUGGUGCAUCGAGUAUUAUUACUCAAGUUCAACAAGGAGGACCUCCUAUCAAUUCCAUUGGAGAUGUCGGAGCCGAUGAAACGAUAACCAUGGACCUGCGCGGUACGCGCUUCGUCCUUUCAAGAGAUGAGCUGCUGACGCUACCUGAAUUUGUUCUUCUCUCCCUGUUCCCCAAUGGGCUUUUCCCUGAGGGCCACAUGGGCGGGUUUGCUGAGGGCGAUGCCGUGCAAGUCGAUUAUGACCCUGCAUCUCUGCAAUAUAUGCUGGAUUUCUUCCGAAACGUAGCUCAAUCUAUCCCCACCGAAUCUUCCCCAAGUGCCUCACCAGAUGGCGGAGCUGUUGCCAUGGACUCGCUUGGUGGUCGGGGUGAAGAUGGAAGCAAGAGAGCUGGUAUCAUUGUCCUGCGCGAGGACCUGGAUUUCUAUGCAAUUCCUCCCAAGGCGAACAUCAGCCAAGCCGAGAUGAUCGAAGUUAAGCGAGCCGCCGCUCGAGCUUUACUCAGGCAGGAUGGGAUCUUUUCCGGCUUGAAACGAAGCGACGAGCCUGGAACCACCGAGGCACAUUUGAUCGAAAUGCUUACAGCAGGUGGUUUCAACCAUGACGAUAGGUGGGGUCAUCGUGCAGGCGAGCCUAAUAAAGCCGUCGUAUGCAGUCUGGCUCUUGCCCGGCUGCGGAGCGAUAUUCGCGGCAAUGAGAUGGGAAACAAUGCUGUUGGCAUGGCACAAAAGCUCUUGCUCUUCUGGAGAAAGCCGGCGCGACGUUGCUGGUGGGAGGGUGUGGAUUUGAAGGACGUGGAGGGUGUAGAUGGCCCCCUCAAGGUCUGGAUUCGGAGAGUGUGGACACUCGAGAUGAGUGUAAUUGGAUUGCGUUAGCACCCGAAUUUUAGGCAAGCAAAAUUUUGACGGCGUUUGUAUUGCGUUUCUUCA